AUGUUUAGAUCUCGUUUGCCAUGGGAUAUGCCGCUCGAUCUGCUGUACGACGACUUCUCCAGGUGGCUGGGCAGACAAAAUGCAGAUGCGCUGUCCGAGAAGAAAUUUAAUCGGAAAGCCUGUAUUCCAUUCGACAUGUUCUACAAGGACUUUGUCAACUGGUUGGCCGAUGAGAAGCUCUCCUUCCUAGCACACCAGUUCUGGGCGAAGCUGUCCCCAGAACAAAAGUUUACCUAUGACAUGCGGGCUAGGCAAAUUUUCAAGUCCCAGCAAAAAAAUCAUCAGGCAACUAAAGUAAAGAGUCGUCCGAAGCAUCUACAUAAACAACCGAAGCCCUAUCCGAACACAUCACACAGGCUGCGCCGGUCCGGAGCCCAGGCAGUUAAACGCCAAAGGUCCAGAAUAAAUACCUCCAGCUAUUACUUUCCAUCACAAAAUCGUUUCGUGCCAUCCUCCGGCUCGUUUCCCCGCCAACUGCAGCAGCCCCAACAAACGCUUCAUGGUUUUCGCAGCAGCAGCGGCGGUUUCUCCCCAGCCCCUGGCUCCUACCAGGAACAGCUCCUGUUCAUCGGCAACGAGAACAGCAACAACAAUAAACAGACUCCAAUUUCGACGAGCUCGCCAUACGGAACACCAUUUGGUGGGGCAGCUCCACAAUUUGCGAAACCGAACCGUCAGUCGGACUAUUACGAUAUCUCGCCACGCCCCUUUGGUGUGCCCGUCAGCGGAGCUGGAGGCGGUGGCGCAACGUCCGCGUCCGCGUCCGCAACGCCGUCCAAUGGAUUUACACGCUCCAAAGCAAUACGCAACGGCGGCAACAGCAACAGCUUGGGGAACAGUCUGAACGGCUUCCAGCCGCAGACGCAGCGCGUCAAUGUGCCACACCAGCAGACGCAGUUUCUGGCGCACUUCAGUGAGGCAACGAACGAGAAGCGUUUGCCCUCGAACAGCGCUGCCGUCCGCCCGUUUGGCAAUGGCGGCUUUUCGCCCAGCGGGACUCGCAGCCGCACUCAGGCACCUUCGGCAGAUGAGGUCACGCCCCAAGCAGCUGGGCCCUAUCGUUUGCGCAACCGAUUCCAGCCUUCCGGCUCCAUAGCUGCUUCCUCAACGCCAACGUCAACAACGACGGGCAGCAGCGCGGAGGUGAGCAGCAAGCGCUAUAAUCGGUUUGGCAGCAAUCGCGGAGCAGCUAAAUCCACGAGCACGACAACCAGCAGCAGCAGCAGCUCAUCAACCACCCAGAACACGCCUGCAGAGCGUCCCAGCUUUGGACGCAAGGCACCCAGCCCGCGGCGUCCCGUGUUCAUUAGCCGUGAGAUCAAUGAGCCCGCGAGUGUUGUCAGCAAGCGACCCUUCAACUACAACAGCGCCAGGCUGAAGGUACCGCGACCCACAUCCACCACGACCAGCACCACGGAGGGUGCGGAUCAAGAGGAAAGCGAUGAUGAGCAGUACGAUCAGGAAUCGCUGGAACAGGAACUGAAACAGGCCGAAGAACCUGAAGAGUCCUCAAGUCUGGAGAAAUUGCCACUUCAGGAGGAAACGAUGGCGCCAGCCACAAUAGCCCAAACUGAGGCCAGCCAAGAGCACAAAUCCAACUCAAGUGUCUCCAAUGCAGCCGAAACAACGGCCGCCAGCAAUGAAGCUGAGUCCGGCACGAGUAGUACGGAGGAAACUCAAACAGAUUCAUCCGAGGCACACGACUUCACUGAGGAGACAACGCUGUCAAAUCCUGCGCACGAAUAUGAAUAUGUUGAAGAGGAGGAGAAGGCCACAACAGUGAUAUCCAAGGAAAAUGACUCGACUGAGGACCAAGUUCUGGAACUAGAAGUCAACACCACCGAGCUGCCAGUCGAGUCGAUUAGCACCACAACGCAGAGCACCACGCCGACACAGGCUGCGCCGGAAACUGCAAAGGAGAGCUCAUCCAGACAGGAGGAGGACGAGUCCGAAUACGACGAUGAGGAGGGUGAAGAUGGUGCUGAAGAAUACGAAUACGAUGACGAAGAUGAAAGCGAAGCUGGAGAGACCGGCGAAGAAGGAAGCAAACACGACGGUAAUGUUACGACCGAGACAGAGGGAGAGCAUGCGCCAAGCAAGGACCACAACGAUGAGCGUGAAAUAAUCUCUGUGGUGACCACGAAGAGCGUUGUCAAUGGCUCCACGGCCUAUCCGACUUAUCCAGUGACGCCCAGCAGCAUUGGCACAACUCUGGCCGAUAGCCAGCCGGCGCCACAGCUCAACGAAGAACAAACGGAGGCAGGGAAUAAUGCUGUAAAUACAACACCCCUGCCCAACGAGUACGAUGCCGCGCCCAAUGUGACCGAAAGCUAUGUGGUUGUGGCGUCGAUUCAAACGAGUCGUAGCAUAAACGGAGCCCGCUUUUUGCCCUUCCCCGCCAUCGAGCAGGAGGAGACGAAGCAAACGCUCUCCGAGCUGGAGCGCAAGGUGCAUUCCAAGCAGCAGCAAAAGCAGGCCGAUUUAAGCGAGAGCAGCGAGGAGACCUUAACAACGACAACGCCAUCGACGUCUUCUUCGUCCAGCACAACGGAGAGAUCGUUGCCUGUGCAGGGACCCUCCACGGAGAGCAUCAUCGAUAAGCUGGAUCGCGUGCAAUCGGAGCUGUCCAGCGGUGUGCUCUCCGGCAAAUAUCCCAUCAUUAGUAAAAUGGAUGCCUCAACACCCGCCACCACGAUGACAACCGGCUCAGGUAGGUUUGCGCCCAACAUUCGCAAGUUCCAGCCCCGUACCACCUCGACGCCCAGCACCACGAGCAGCGGCAGUAGGGUAAAGGUGCAGCAUUUCGAUGAAAGUGAAAUGGAUGAGCUGGCCGGUCUGCUGCCAGUUGGCUUUAAGCCCAAGUCCAGCUAUAAGAACCGCAAGAUAACCACAACAACAAGCACGACAACAACAACAACGGAGGCGCCAGUGCAAGAGCAAUCCAAUCCAAAGAAACCCGCACGCAACUCUACAAUCAGUCGCUCCUUUAAGAACGGCGUAGUCAGCGUGCAGGAUGUUGCAUUAGCAGGUCUGCUGCCCAAGGGCUACAAGCCACCCAGGACAACAACAACGACGGCUAGUCCGGACCAGAGUACGACCAAGACAGCAGCUGCUCUGGACAGCCUCUUCGAGGAAAUCAAGUUCGAUGACAGCCUCGCUGCGCUGCUGCCCAAAGACUACAAAUUGAACUCGACUACGUCAAAGCCGGCUAUAGCCCUGGUCGACGACAUUUCCAAGUUUUUGCCACCGGGAUUCAACCCUUCCUCAAGUACAACAACAACAACAACAACGCAAAGAUCCCCUGCGGUUGCCGUGCCCUUUGACGAUUUGAGCAAAUUUCUGCCACCUGGCUAUAAGCCGCCACAGAAAGCGCAUGGCGAACCCAAGCUGCCAGGUGGCAUAACCCCUCUGAAGGUGGACGACAUUAGCAGCCUGCUGCCGCCUGGGUUUAAGCUGAAUGGCACGGCCAAGCCGAAGUUAAACGUAGCCUCUGAAGAUGAUGAGCUGCUCUCCUCGUUGCUGCCACCGGGCUACAAGCCGAAAGCCGUGCACCCAGCCUCUACCUCCACAACGACGAGCAAGCCCAAAUCAACUAGCGCGCCAGUUGCCAGUAGCUCCGAGGCAGCCGGCAAUGAAAGCAGUGCCGGAGGCGGUCUCAAAGUCGUCUUUCCCAAAGGUUUCCACAAGCGACUCGGCUCCCACAGGCUGACCACGCCGCACACACCGCACGAGGGAAGCGAGGGGCCGCCGUCAUCACCGCAGGUGGUGAUCAAGAAGGGUCCGCCGGUGCGCGCAACCACCGAAUUCACUGGCUGGCCUACGCCACCCACCACGCCGUUGUCCAUUGACAAGUUAAAUGCACAAACCAUCAACUUUGAGGACCUGCUGACCGCCGCGGGCACCAGCAGCACGAGCACAAGCACAACCACAACAACAACUACGACGACUACCACAACACCACGACCCACCAAGCCGGGACAUUGCACGGCUGAUUGUGACUUGGAGGCCACCAUCAAGAUAAUCGAUGGUGUGGCCUGGAAGCCUGAGCUGCUGGAUCACAACACGCUCGAAUGGAAAAACCUUGCCCACGAACUGGAGGCACAGCUCAAUGAGGUCUACUCCAAUGCAGCGCAACUGAGCAAGUGGUACAAGAAAGUGCGCAUUGAUAGCUUCAGUGAAGGCAGCGUAUUGGUGGACUAUUACGUCGAGCUGGCCAACAUCACGCAGGAUGUAGAUACUUUGGAGAUUAAGCAGCUAUUCCACGACGCGCUAACAAAGCCCACAAUACCUGUGCUGCCCGAGAAGGAUGCCCAGGAAAAUGAAACAGACAGCGUCUCCGGGCCGCAGGAGGAGCAUCUAGUCAAGGCCAGCUAUCAAAUGGGCAAAUUUAUUAUCGACCCCGUGGCCACCGAAUUCAGUGUCAUUGCCAAGAACUUGCAUACGAAUGUCGAGGCUGCCGAGGAUGAUCUUCCUAUUCCACAGUGGGCAAUUGUGGUCAUCGUCAUAGGCGUAGGCUCGCUCGUGUUUGUCGUCAUAUUUGGAGUCACAGUGCUGCUUAAUCGCCAGAAGCGCGCCAAGAAGACACCCAUUCCACUGACCAACGACAUGCUGAACGAACUGAAAGUCAAUCACAUGGGCGGCGCGGAUAACUACGGAGUUGAUGAUUUCUACAACAUUGACGAUCCCUGGAACGACACCAAGCAACCCAUUAAGCCAAAGCGCUUCACCAAUUCCAUGCACGGCAGCAACAGCUCAAACAUCUACGAUAGCUGGCGAUCGACUCGCCAUCCACACAGCAACGGCGACUAUUUCUAUGAUCAGCAGCCAACGUACUCGCAGAAGGGCGACUCUCUAAAGCGGCCACAUCAGCAUCAUCAGCAACACCAGCACCAGCAGUAUCCCGCCCAUCAGCAAGGCUAUGGGCAUCAAUAUCCCGAUGCCUUUGCCGAUGCGCAUCAGAUGUACAGCUACAACAAUCAUGCGAGUCGAACGCGCUAUGCACGCGACUACGAUCCCGAUUUUUAGUUAGUCCAUAAGACCCUCCACCCCCGACUUACCGCUAGCUUUAGAAAAUUUGCGACCGAUUUUGUGUCGCAACUUAAUAGCCUAAAGUUUAUAUACGUAUGCGUUAAUUAUAACGCUGCUCAGUAACAUAUUUACAAACUAAGUAUGGACUAACUAACUAUAGAACAAGUCGAUGAGGACAACUCAUACGAUGAAAUUAUAGCAUUACUUUGUCUUACUGCCAAUUGUCUUACUCAUUGUCUGUGCGUAAUUUCAUUGUGUGAGCUGCCUCCGUUUAUUUGUACUGUGGCAGGCAGGUAACGUACUAUUUAUACGAAGGUAUAAAUCAUAAUCAAUUUGUACUGUGAAAUAUGGCUUAGUUUCAAAGCAACACUAUAAUUUAUAGAUCAGUAGCUUUCUUUUCGUAUUCUACCUGUCUUCUUAUAUACUAUAUAUAUUUAAUUGAUGUCCACGUCUUUGUUCUUUACUAAAUCUAUUAAAAUACUUGCUCUAUAUGCUUACAUAUGUAUAUGGAAAUUAGGAGUUCGCAUGUGGGCUUCCAGAAAUAAAUAGUCAUGCACAUUUAGUUAAUGCUAGUUUGUAAUAAUAUUGUAGACACAUUAAAUAAUUUAAUUAAUGGCUGCAUAACCAAUUACAAUAUACAAGUGUCUAUAUUUAGACAAUGAAUAAAAUAUGA